AUGACUAGUGUUCCCAAUAUCCAGCGCAGAGAGCGUGCUGUAGAGAAGUUGAAAAAGGAAAUGGAGCAGGAUGAGUCAAAUAAAAAAGAAAAGGCUUAUGAGCUUUAUAUGGAGGCAUUAGAGAACGCGGGCGUUUUAUGGGAUGUUGCCAACACAAUUACAUGUCUACUAUCUAUACACAGUGUUUUGGCAUCGAACAUUGUGUCCAAAUGGAUGAGAGAAAGUGAAAAGCAAGUCUCAAAUCUUUUCCAAUCUGCCCGUGAUGAAGCUCCAUCCAUUAUUUUUAUAGAUGAAAUUGAUUCCAUAUGUGGCUCGCGAGGUAAUGACAAUGAGAAUGAAGCCACUCGACGAAUCAAAACAGAAUUUCUUGUACAAAUGCAGGCUGUAUCCAACGAUGCGAAAAAUGUUCUGGUUCUUGCAGCCACAAAUACUCCUUAUCAUUUGGAUGUGGCCAUUAGGAGGCGUUUUGAUAAGCGAAUCUAUAUCCCUCUCCCAACUCAGGAUGCAAGGGAACAAAUGUUUAGGUGGCAUAUUGGGAAAACUCCUCAUAACCUUAGUACAGAGGAUUUUCAGGAUUUAGCAAGCAAAACAGAUGGUUUCUCUGGUUCAGAUAUAUCCAUUUGCGUUAAAGAUGCACUAUAUCAGCCUGUUCGUGCAACUCUUGAUGCUGAAUUCUUCAGAGAAUAUUCUCCAGGCAUGUGGGUCCCUUGCGAAGGUACUCACCCAGAAGCUGAGAAGUAUACCUUCGAGCUCGAGGAACUUAAAGCAAAAGUCGAAGCUUCAAAGAUCCAGCUACCACCCAACACAAAAGUAGAUUUUGACAUUGUGCUUGAGGAACAAAAGCCAACUGUAAGUAAAGCUGAAAUUGAAGCGUGUGAGAGAUUCACCGAGGAGUUUGAGAUUGACGGUUAA